CACUGAUCUAUGCACUCCCUCUAAUCAAUCAAUCAAAUAUUAAACCCCACUCUCUCUCCCCCGAUUCUUCUUCCCCAAUCUUCUCCGCCGCUUCCUCUCCCCCACUUCCCGACUACGCCGCCACCGCUGCCCCACAUCUACACCCCCGCCGUGUGCCGGUGGCGCGUUCCGCCCCCGCGAGUCACCUCAACUCAUCCUCAUCUACUCUAAACCCUCCCCUCAGCAAUGGCGGCCACUCCCUUCCCUGAAUCCGCCGACGGCCCCGUCCUCAGCCUAAUCAACAAGCGCCUGCGCGCCCUCCGCAAGAAAUACAACCGAAUCAUCCAGAUGGAAGAGUCCGUGGCCCAGGGCAAGGCACUCAACAACGAACAAACGGAAACCCUCCGCUCCAAACCUUCCGUCUCCGCCGCAAUCGACGAACUCGAGAAGCUCCGCCAGCCUCUCUCCGUCGCCGUCUCCGAGGAAAUCGAGCUCGCAAUCGAGCGGCAUCGCACCGAGUCUCAACCCGCCGCCGCUGCUGUUGUGGCCGCCGCGGUGGAAGAGGAGAAGAUUGGCGAGGCCGAGGGCAAAGAAGAAGAAGAAGUGGAGGGGAGUCAGCCCGAAAAUUUCGAUGCUAUGGUUGGGGAUCUAUUGAAUUUGUUGUACUUCGGCGCCCUGUUCGAUGUGAAGUCGCAGAACGAUUUCACGGCGACGAUGUUGAGCCGGACCCACGAGAGGGGUUGCUGCUUGACCUACGAUUACGUGACGGACGAUGCUACCGAUCUGCUGAGCGAGAGAGAUUUGGACAUGAUUUCUACUCUCAGUGGGUUGCUCUUGUCCCGCCCUGUGGAUUCGAGCUUGUCCCACAAGAAUGCUCUGCAGCGGUGCGUUGAGCACGCCAAGUUGUGGCUGGCCAAUGCCGAUUGUCCAGUCGAUAGCAAUGCCGACAUUUCCUAUGCAGGAUUGAGGGAGAGACUCAACAAGAUUAUGGCUUCCGACUAUUUCACCACAUCCCCUGAAAGGAAAGCUUCCAUGGAGGUUGCUGCUGCCGCCGCAGCUGCUGGUAAUUACGCCCAUUUUCAAGUACCAGUGCACGGGAUGCCCAUUGCAGUUCCUGUUCAGGUUGAGAGCCACUCUGUGGAUUACCAGCCUCAGCAUGAAGAUGCAGCAAUUUCGCAAGGACAAGAUGUUGGCGAUGAUCAGUCAAAUCCCACUGAGGAAUUUCAGAAGGAUGAUCCCCAAUUUGAAAACCCUGAAGAAAUUGUCUAUGGCGAGCAAGAAGAAACAAAGCCUUCACCGGACUUCGAGCAUAAUAAUCAGCAAGACACAGAAUCUAGGGAGCAACAAUAUGGCAACCGGAGGAAUUACCAGCACCAAAGAGGGGGUGGCCGUGGUGGCAGCGGUCGCAGGGGUUAUCCCAAUGGCCGUGGUGGCCGAGGCAGUGGCAGGGGAGGCGGUGGCUACCAAAAUGGUAGGAGCAGCAACCAAUACUAUGACCAGCCAGGGAACUAUUACCCAAGGAACUACCACAACAACCGAGGAGGAAGGGGCGGCAGUAGAGGUGGUGGCAACGCUGGCCAGCCUUACAACAACGACGUGGGGGUGGCCUCAUGAUGAUAAUAUUGCUGAGCAAGUGAGCGAUGGCUGAUCUCUUUGGGUGUCAUAUUUUGUUGGUGGGUGCUGAAAAAACCCCUGGUCUCCUUUUCCAGUUUUUGUUGUUUGGCUCUGCUGCAGCUCUGAAACUUUGUUUUGAAACAUGGGUUCAUUUUCUAAUGUCGACGAAUCUCACUCGAGCCCAUCAAAGGACACCCUAGCUCCUCUGUUUUUGUAGUUCAGACUUUUGGGCAAACAUCAUCAUCCGGGAAAACUUCAUGGAAGAAAGGUAUUUUUGAUCGGUCAUUACUUCUGUUGUUGGGUUCCUUUGAUUCUAUUGAGAACCAUGCCUCUAAAAACCAUCAGC